CGCGAUAUUAUGUGACACACCGGGUGAUACCAUUAUCCUAAAUGUAAAGGGGUGGCGAACGGAGUUUAUUUUCCUUUUUUUCCUGCGUAAAGACUUUGCGCUUCCCGAUAAAGAUUUAAUACUGUCAAUUAAUCAACAAACGCUAACAUAAUAACCAGGAAUUGUAUUUAUAGUUGUAAAGUCCUACUGUUUGCUUACUUGUGUUUACUUCCCACCAAUCGAAGGCAGAGAAAUCGAUCAUGAAGGAAGCUUAAUCGAUCCCCGCUCUCCGAUCUGCACUCACAGACAUCAUUAUAUCGGUCAAGAAAUAUGGCAUUGAGACGAGCAUUGCAUUUUGUUUUCAAAGUUGGUGACAGGACCAAAACUGCCACGUUUUACCGAGAUGUUCUGGGUAUGAAGAUUUUACGUCAUGAAGAGUUUGAGGAAGGCUGCAAAGCAACGUGUAAUGGCCCGUACGAUGGGAAAUGGAGCAAGACAAUGGUUGGCUUUGGCCCUGAAGAUGACCAUUUUGUUGCUGAACUGACCUACAAUUAUGGGGUGGGAGAGUAUCAACUUGGCAAUGACUUCUUGGGGCUCACUCUGCAGUCUAGCCAGGCUGUAAGCAAUGCUAAACGUCUGGGCUGGCCUCUUACUGAGGUAGGAGAGGCUCUGUAUCUGACCCAUGCUCCAGGAGGGUAUCCGUUCUACCUUGUGGACAAAGAGCAGCCUCCCAGUGACCCUGUGCAGAAGGUGUGUCUCGGAGUAUCAGACCUCCAGAGAUCGACCCACUACUGGACUACGCUUUUGGGAAUGAAGGUGAUGGAAAAGAACGAGGAGAAGAAAACAGUGCUCAUGGGAUUUGCAGACACUCAUUGUAAACUGGAGCUUCAUGAUAAUGGCGCAGUGGAUCAUGGAACGGCGUUUGGGAGAAUAGCAUUUUCAUGCCCACGGGAGCAGCUGCCUGACCUUGAAGCCGUGAUGAAAAAGGAAAAACAGAAAAUUCUCACUCCAUUAGUCAGCCUAGACACUCCUGGAAAGGCCACAGUAGAAGUGGUUAUAUUGGCUGACCCAGAUGGUCAUGAAAUUUGCUUUGUUGGAGAUGAGGCUUUCAGGCAACUGUCCAAGGUGGACCCUGCAGGAAAUGCACUGCUUGAUAAGGCUAUGGCGGAAGAUAAAAGUGACGAAUGGUUUGCCAAACAUAACAGACAGAAAGCUGCUGCAUGAGAUGAAAGGACUCGGUGCGAAAAUUGUACAACAUCAAUUUCAGUUCGUAUGAUGACAGAUUGCUGUGCAACGCACCCGUGGUGCUGUAAUGACGACUCAAUUAUCCUUAUUCGGGUAGUACGAGAAGUAUUCUUCCCUGGAUGUGUGCCAUGAUGCACAGUUGCAUUGACAGCCCUUUGUGAAAGGACCACUUGUUUAAUUUUUUGACAUUGUUCCAAUGAAUAUUGUUCCUAUCACUAACACAGUUAGGUGGGCCAAAAGUCAAUGUGAUUCAACUUCCUUGCUUAAAAUGAAUCAAAUAUGUUUUGAUAGCCCUUCCUGCUCCUGUUAGCUGUUAAAUGAUCAUUGCACUCAGUAUCAUGCAGUAUAAAUUGAGUCAUGUGGUUGAGUUACACUGUAUCUUAUAAUUUGUUAAG